AUGGCCUUAGCACAUCCAUACUCAGCUGAAAUUGUUGCUCAAUGCUACCUAGAUAAUGUGUUCAAACUACAUGGAUGGCCAAGGUCCAUUAUAAGUGACAGAGAUUCAGUUUUCUUGAGCAAAUUCUGGCAAGCUCUCUUUACUAUUCAAGGGACAGAUCUGCUACUAUCAUCAGCCUACCAUCCUCAAACUGAUGGACAAACUGAGAUAGUUAACAAGUGUGUGAGUCCUUUUGAGACAGAAAACCUUAAAGUUUCUACAAGUGAAAAGCUUUCUCCUCGUUACUUUGGGCCUUUCAAGGUGAUUACCAAAGUAGGAAAAGUAGCUUAUAAGCUUCAGCUACCUGAUAAUGCUCAAGUGCAUCCAGUGUUUCAUGUGUCUCAAUUGAAGCAAUGUAGAGGAGAUUUACCUACUAUUACUCACAUUCCUGCUUGGCUGCAAGGUACAUCUGCCACAUCGACCUUACAACCAGCAGCUAUCCUAGAAAAGAGGGUGGUGAAGCAUCAGAAUACAGCUCAGGUGCAGUACUUAGUACAAUGGGAGGGUUGUCCUAUUUCUGAAGCUACUUGGGAAUGGGCACAACAAUUUGAAUCCAGUUAUCCUACAUUUUCAAUACCAUAA